AUGUUAUUUCUAGCAUUAUCAGUUGUCGUUCCAAUCAUUCUACUUAUUACCAUUUGUUCAUCAAAAACGCCAACAAAAAUUACGAAUACUUCGGCAAAACUAGAAAAUUCUGAAAAAUCAACGAAGAAACGAGUGAGAAAAGAUAAGAAGCCGGGAGAUUUAAUAGAAAUCACAGCAACUUCGAAAACUGAAAAAAUCGAUCCAUUGAAAUCAGCAGCUCCAGAAAAUCAUAAAGCGAAAUUUGAUAAGAAAAAAGAAGAAUUCACAUUGGACAAAACUGCUGAAAUGAAACUUGCCAAACCGGAUCCCAAGAAAUCCAGCUACGCCGGAAUACAUGAAAAAUCCCAACCGAAACCUCCUCCUCCAAAACUCCCAUCAGUCAUCACGAUUCCAACAAUCAGAACUGAAGUAAAAGCUACAGUAGCCUGUCCAGAAUCUGUGAAAAACAAGAAACCAGGAAGAGAAAUCAAUGAUAAAAGUGACGAUACAAUAGAUGAUAUUCCAUCGGUUCGGAUGAAAGAAGGCGCCAGUUAUGAAGGAGAUGGACCGCCUAUCAAGUCGCCGGACCAAGGAAAAAUGGAUGAAAAAGCAGUGAAAAAGAAUUCAAAGGAGAAAACGGGAGAGGAGAAGAUAUUAUAG